UAAAAUCACUUAAAUUAUUACUUACAUUUAUUUCUCUAUAUGUAAUGCGUUUAGCUUGGAAUUUAUUUAAAUGUAUAAAUUUGAAGAACUUUGACCUUUGACGUCAUAUAUCUGUGCGCGCGGGACAGUCAAAUCGAAAACUGCUUAUGGAAAACAGCUGCCGACAAGUUUGAAUCGUCAUUAAUUAAUUAAUGUAUGGACUUAUCGAUGGCUUGUAAGCUUUUGGCAAGUGUCAGCGCGUUUUCUAACACUCUCAGAUCGUUUCAAGAGGGUAGAAGCAAUGGAACGUGCACUUAUGGGGAUGACAUCCAAAUACUAAAGAGGAAAGGAGACAUAAUUGGAGUCCUGGAUUUGGACUGUGUAAACCAAGAAGUGCUCAUUUGUGAAAAAGCUGUUCCAAAAUUAAAUGACGCUGAUGAUGAGGCGAGGCUUGAGACAUCAAAUGACAAUGGCGAUGCAUUCACUGCCAUUCAGGCUGAACUUACACCGCUGCCACUCACCAUCAAUAAAGCGAGGCAGUUGCUGUCUUUGUACACAUUAUCCCAAAAUCCCAACGUUCAAGCUGUGGAUGAUUGUGCCCUGCGACCUCUGUGGCUACGAUGUGACAUGUCAGAUCCAGCUCAGACAGCCUGGGUUGGAGCUCAGGGAGUCCGUGUGGGCAAUAAAGUGUCUGGUGUUAAAUUGUACACUGUCACGCGCAAAGGCCCUGUUGUAGACAAAAAACAGCUUCUAACUUUAGAUGAGCUGAAAUGGGAGCACAAGAAAAGGAAUUGCACAUCAAUGAUGGCGAUUAAAGGAAGCGCCCGCUUCCUCUUGUUUGGCUUCACUGUAGUUGAAAACACUACAAUUGAGUCACAAAGUUGCGUGACAGUAGAUUUCAAGUGGAGCCAUGUGGAGAGGGUUCUUGAGACGCCACCCCUUUCCUCUACAGCCACACUGAAUAUCAAAGUUCCAUGUGGAGACAUGAGGAGCCCCAUGUUUGAGAUGUACAGGGAGCUGCAGUUUCUUCAGGUUCUUGCUGAUGGUUUGAGAACGGGUGAGACAGAAUGGUUGGACCCUUUGGAAAGCAAGUCAGCUGUGGAGCUUACCAAGGAAUACCUUGAAGAGAUACAAGGCACUGCAAAGUCCCAACAGGAGCAUCCUUCAAAACCAGCAGAGCCAAAACCUGAAAACGACACGCCCAUUUUUAACUCCUUCCUGGAACGAGGUGAUUUGGAUUUUGUGGAGCAGUUGUGGGUUCGCAUGAGAAAAAGUGUGACAUCAUAUCAAGACAUCACAGACAGCCUGAAAUUGGUCAUCAAGGCUUUGAGAUAUGACGACAUCAAACCUUGGAUUCAUAGAGACAGUAGCAGCUCACUCAGCAAGCUCAUCCUGCAGUCUUACCACCAGCAGAUCGAGCAUGUGUCACUUACAGGCCUCACGCCUGUCCAGAUGCUGCUAGAAAUGGGCUUGGACAAGAUGAGGAAAGAUUACAUAAACUACCUCAUUGGGGAAGAAUUGACCACUCUCAACAACUUGCAUUAUUACCUAAGCACAGAGGUGGAUUUGCAGGAGCAGGUCAUCCGGUUGAGGAAACUACACCAUCUGCUGGAAGUAAUUGUGACCUGCAGUACAUUCAUAGGUUUGCCCUAUGACAGGCUGUUCCUCCUCACACAAUUGUGUUUACAACACUACAAAGCAUCCCCGUAUGAUGAGGAGCAUGAGUUUAAUCUGCAAAUCAAACCAGCACUGAUCAGCCAUUUCUACCAGAAAGUGAAUCCAGUUGUGUGGGGACUGGAAGUGUCGAGUGGACAUGGUCCUUGUGAAGUCAAGACAGUGUUACAGAUCAGCGACAGACCACCGGUGGAUCAUGUAAUCUUUGAAACAGCGAUCGAGGACAGUGUGGAAGCUGUCUAUUUCUCCACUUUGGUAUGCUGCAGCCUUGUCAACUUUGAAUGAAUCUACACGGUAAUGGUGUUAUCCUCACAAGGGUUGCAGGGGUGUGCUGGAGCCUAUCCCAGCUUGCUUUGGGUAAGAGGCAGGGUAUACCUUGGACUAGUCUCUGUUCAACUUGUAUGUCACAAAUUUGUAUACAAAUAAAAAAGGUGUUUUGUUUUUUUGGA